AGGGCGCUAGUUGUACAAUAUGGCGGACUCACGUGUUGAUGUGUCGAAAGUUCAAAUUAGUGAAGCUGUUUUAGCUUUAAAAAAGGUUGAAAAAUUAUGGAAAGAAAAUGGAAACAGAAAAACUAAAUUGCUGGAAGAUGAUGAACAUUCGGAAAAAGUAUUUUUACAGAUUGGAUUGAAGAAGAUCCCUGAAAUUAAAAGUAAGGCAGUUAAGAUUUAUUUACCACAUUGGAAUUUAGAAAAUGGAGUCGGUGAAGUUUGUCUGAUUACCAGAGAUUUGGAUAAAAAGAAUCCACGUGCUGAUCCGGAAGAAACUGUUCGUCAUUAUAAAGAACUGUUACAAAAACAUGAGAUCACGUGUAUUUCUGGGGUCGUAUCUCUACGUGAAUUGAAUACUGAUUAUAAAGAAUAUGAAGCGAGACGAAAACUAUGUAAUGNGUCUUCACAAUUUGAAAUCGAUCGAACGCACGAUGAAAUGCUCGUGUACACUCACGCCAUCUAUCAUAGGAUAAAUAUGGAUCUAUCUAAUUACUCACCUGUACAGACAGAUUCACAAGAUGGCUCAAAGUUGUUCUCCUUUACGAAAUCUCUGCUGAAACAGUCGCUUGUACCAUCAUCUCUCAUUAGAUCUCCAGAUUCAGUGUACCUUCCAUCAUCACCACCAAUCAAGGCCAACAAUUCCAAUUGCACCUGUUCACCUCCCUAA